AGAGAUUGGUGAAAGUGUGAGAGGAGAAGAUGUGUAUAUCAUCCAGAGUGGCUGUGGAGAAAUAAAUGACAACUUAAUGGAACUGCUUAUCAUGAUCAAUGCUUGCAAGAUUGCAUCAUCCUCCAGAGUGACUGCUGUAAUUCCAUGUUUUCCAUAUGCCAGGCAAGAUAAGAAAGACAAGAAGGGGUCCGUGGAGCGUUGGAGUCGUGCCCCAAUCUCUGCAAAACUUGUUGCCAACAUGCUGUCAGUUGCAGGGGCUGACCACAUCAUCACCAUGGACUUGCAUGCUUCUCAGAUCCAGGGUUUCUUUGACAUUCCAGUAGAUAACCUGUAUGCAGAACCUGCAGUGCUGCAGUGGAUUAAAGAGAACAUUUUGGAGUGGAGAAACUGUAUCAUAGUCUCACCUGAUGCAGGUGGUGCAAAGAGGGUUACUUCAAUUGCUGACAGACUGAAUGUGGAAUUUGCUCUCAUUCAUAAGGAAAGAAAGAAGGCAAAUGAAGUGGACAGAAUGGUCUUGGUUGGUGAUGUGAAAGACAGAGUAGCAAUUCUUGUUGAUGAUAUGGCUGACACAUGUGGCACAAUAUGUCAUGCAGCAGACAAGUUAGUAUCUGCUGGAGCUACUAAAGUUUAUGCCAUUCUUACUCAUGGCAUCUUUUCUGGUCCUGCUAUUUCUCGGAUUAAUAACGCAUCAUUUGAGGCUGUUGUGGUAACUAAUACAAUCCCCCAGGAAGAAAAAAUGAAACACUGCCCAAAAAUUCAGUUUAUUGACAUUUCCAUGAUCCUGGCUGAGGCAAUUCGAAGAACACACAAUGGUGAAUCUGUGUCUUAUCUGUUCAGUCAUGUCCCCUUGUAACUGCAGGAGAUUACAUUGCAUCUUUGCAAAGGUCCCUUCAGCUGGCACUGUUGUUUUUAACAAUGCAUCUCAACCACAAGAAAUUAGUAUCUUUGUACAAUUCCAGAGCUUGUAUGUUUAAUUAUUAUAUUUGUCUUGUAAUUACCAUUUGUUCUUUGUAAAUGGACAAUAAAUCUCUGUCUUGC